AUGCAGCCAGAGGAUGAGCCAGUGACAAAACUGAGGUAUAUAGGAAUUGACCCCCUGGGGCCCCUGCAGCAGAGCAGAUGGAGGUUCGAGGAGGCCCUGCAGGAAGCCCAGCAGGUCGACAAGCUGCUGGCAGAGAGCCCUGGGGAUGAGUACCUGGAGGAGAAGUUCCCCUUGUUAGGGGUUCCCAUCACCGUCAAAGAGGCCUUUUCGCUGCACGGGAUGCCCAACACCUCUGGCUUGGUCAAUCGCUGCAACGUGGUUGCCACCUCGGACGCCACCGUGGUGUCCCGGCUGAAGCAGGCAGGUGCCAUCCCGCUGGGGGUGACCAACUGCAGCGAGCUGUGCAUGUGGUACGAGUCCAGCAACAGGGUCUACGGUCGGACCAACAACCCCUACGACCUGCAGAGGAUUGCGGGCGGCAGCUCAGGCGGGGAGGGCAGCGUCCUGGCAGCUGCCUGCUCCGUCAUAGGCGUGGGCUCCGACAUCGGCGGCAGCAUCCGGAUGCCGGCCUUCUUCAACGGGGUCUUUGGCCACAAACCCACCACAGGGGUGGUGCCCAACGACGGCCAGUUCCCCAAUGCCCACGGGGUGCGGACCAGCUUCCUGUGCACCGGGCCCAUGUGCCGCUACGCUGAGGACCUGGAGCCUGUGCUGAGGGUCAUGGCUGGCCCUGGGGUCAAUAAGCUGAAGUUGAAUGAAAAGGUGUCGCUGGACAAAAUAAAAUUUCUCUGCAUGGAUCAUGAUGGUGGGUCCAUUUUUGUGUCACCUGUGGACAAGGAGAUCUUGCAGGCCCAAAAGAAGGUGGUGGAGCACCUCGAAGGUGAGCUGGGGGUCCAAGUUAAGCACGUGGCAAUCCACAAGAUGAAGUAUUCUUUCCAGAUCUGGUCAGCCAUGAUGUCGUCCAAGGACAGUGAUGGGCAGUGGCCGCUCUGGGAGUGGGUGAAGUGGCUCGUGGGAAUGUCUUCCCACACUCUCCCAGCCAUUGCCCUGGGACUGACGGAGAAGGUGAUGAAGCUCAACCCUGGUGGGAAUGCCAAGCUGGUGAGCAUGGGGAAGAGCCUGAAGGAGGAGAUGGAGGCCCUGCUGGGGCCUGACGGGGUGCUCCUCUACCCCUCACACCCCACCGUAGCUCCCCAGCACAACUGCCCCAUCUGCAUGCCCUUCAACUUCGCCUACACAGCCAUCUUCAACGUGCUGGGCUUGCCGGUGACGCAGUGCCCGCUGGGCCUGAGCCACGAGGGUCUGCCCCUGGGCAUCCAGCUGGUCGCAGCCUCCUACAACGACCACCUGACGCUGGCGGUGGCACGACACCUGGAGGGGGCCUUCGGAGGAUGGGUCCUACCUGGGAAACUUUAA